AUGGAGAUGACCGGCACAGCCACCGGAUUUUGGCUGGUCUGGGCUAAUGCCGCCAUCGCCCACAUCGGCCGCACCCCGUCGCCGACUCCUCACUUUUUUCCAUCCAUGCCGGAAGUUGCCGCUGCCAAAACGAGCUCCGGCGGCGAACCUCGUCGACGGCGACGCGCAGGGCGACGGCCGCUCGCCACGCCCGGCGCGAGCACGGCCAAGGGGCGGCGAGGUCGCCGGCCGCUCGCCACGCCGGCCGCUCGCCACGCCGGCCGCGGAGCCACGGCCAAGGGCGCGGGCAAGGUCGUCCGGCCGCGCCUCGCCACUCCGGCAGCGCGGGCAUUGGCUGCAAGCACCGGCCGCCCGGGCGCCCUCGCCACGCCACGCCACACCGGCCGCGUCGCGCCACGCCGCCCGCGUCGGGCACGGGCGGGCACGGGCGGGGCCGGCCGCGUCGGCCACGGGCGGGCACAUGCGGGGGCGGGUAGGGGCCGGCGCGCACGGGCGGGGCCGGAGCCGGCCGCGAUGGCCACGGGUGGGCACGGGCGGAGCUUCGCCGCGAUGGGCGCGGGCACGGGCGGGGCCGACCGCGUCGGCAACGGUCGGCGUCGGCCAAGGGCGGGCUCGGGCGAGGGCGGACGGGGGCCGGCGCGCACGGGCGGGGCCGGAGCUGGCCGCGUCGGCCACGACCGGGCACGGGACCUCCGGCGCCGGUGGGGGCGUCCUCUGCCCUCGGCCAAGUCCGGCGACGCGCGCACGGGCUCUCGCUGCGCGGGCGCACGGCCUCCUCUGCCUCCGCCGCAGCCCUGCGGGAGCUCGCCGUCGUGCGUCUCCGAGUAG